UACCCCUAAUUACCCCCAUUAACCCCAUUACCCCCCCACUCCAUCUGGCGCCCCCUGGCGGCGCUGCCCCACCUCGCAGGCGGGCGGCAGCAGCGCCCGUGCGCAUGCGCAGCCUCCGGCGGGUUGGCGGCAGUGCGCCUGCACAGGGCUGGUGCCGGCGUCGCGCAUGCGCUGUGGUUUGGGGGGGGGUGGGUGGUCUCUUCGCGCAUGCGCGGUGCGUGGCGGCCGGGCCGGCGGGAGCUGGGUCGCCUGUGGAGCCGUGAGCCCGCGGCCGCCGGCUCCAUCCGUUUCCCAUCUCUCCAGGAUGAGAGAGGUUUGGGUUCGGCUUUUCCCCUCUCCCUGUAGUUGAUAGUUUCGGAACCAGAGGUGAUGCUGGAGUCGAGAUGGCAGACAGCGUGAAAACCUUCCUUCAUGACCUCGUCAGGGGAAUUAAGGACUCCAUCUGGGGCAUCUGCACCAUCUCUAAGCUGGACGCCCGGAUCCAGCAGAAGAGGGAAGAGCAGAGGCGAAGGAGAGCAAACAGCGCGCUCGCCCAGCGGAGGUUUCACAUGGAGGAGAAGAAGCAAGAGAAUGAACCCCGGAUAGUGAGCCGGAUAUUUCAGUGUUGUGCCUGGAACGGAGGUGUAUUCUGGCUUAGUCUCUUCUUGUUUUACCGAGUGUUUAUACCCGUCCUUCAGUCGGUCACGGCACAGAUCAUCGGUGACCCUUCCCUACAUGGCGACGUCUGGUCUUGGCUGGAAUUCAUCCUCACCUCCAUUUUCAGCGCCCUCUGGGUCCUUCCCCUCUUUGUGCUCAGUAAGGUUGUCAAUGCCAUCUGGUUUCAGGACAUCGCCGAUCUAGCGUUCGAAGUUUCCGGCAGAAAGCCUCAUCCCUUUCCCAGCGUCAGUAAAAUCAUCGCUGACAUGUUGUUUAACCUCUUGUUGCAGGCACUUUUCCUCAUCCAGGGGAUGAUCGUGAGCCUCUUCCCCAUCGAUCUCAUCGGCCAGCUGAUCAGCCUCCUCCACAUGUCGCUGCUCUACUCGCUCUACUGCUUCGAGUACCGCUGGUUUAACAAAGGAAUCGAAAUGCACCAGCGGUUAUCCAACAUCGAGAGGAACUGGCCCUAUUACUUUGGCUUCGGCUUACCGCUGGCUUUCCUCACGGCAAUGCAAUCCUCUUACAUCAUCAGCGGUUGCCUCUUUUCCAUCCUUUUCCCUCUCUUCAUCAUCAGCGCCAACGAAGCAAGGACCCCCGGCAAAACCUACCACUUCCAGCUCCGUCUCUUCUCCCUGGUGGUUUUCCUCAGCAACAGACUCUUUCACAAGACCGUUUACCUUCAGUCCGCCCUGGGCGGUGCUUCCUCCUCCUCCUCCUCCGACCGGCUCCUCUCCCCCCAGCCCUCCCCCGCCAAACACACGGCUGCUCCGGGGCACUGAGCCACGACCCGACCCCACGGGUGGGGGGCACACACACCUACGGCGAGGGGGGGGUUUCUGCGCCUCCCCCGGCAGGGGCAGGACCCAGAGCUCUGCGUCUCCUCUCCCCCACGCCGCGAUGGAUAUUUUGGGGGGGAAAUCUGGAUUUUUAAACCUUUGUGAGUUUCAAAAAAGCCGGCUCGUGCCCUGCGCUUGUUUUA